GGACGCAGCACGUGCGACCGGUCGGCGCAUUUACCAGCAUUUACGCGGCGGACGUGAACGUGCGCGUAUCGUGCCUCAGUUUUCUUUUCUGUUUCCCGCGGAACACGGAAGUUCGCUUUACCGAUCGAGGGUCAAGCACUAGCCACCGGGCGAUUCGAACUUCUCGGAGCUUUAGGCCUUCAGGAGAGAGCUUUCAGUCCCGCGAAAUCUAUCGGCGGCACGACACGCUCGCCGGUGUACGGGUGUCUACUAUCGAUCCCGCUUGUCCCGAUUUCCUGCGCGUUCAUUGGCGUCUCGGUUGCUAACAGUGCGUCGUAUGGUAGAAGAGUGCGGGCUCCGGUUCGAUUAGUGCUGUGCCUCUACGCUCAAGAUUAUUUUGUGCAAUUCUCUCUACCUCCGAGUUCCGCCUGAGUGAUUUGUCCUCGGUACCAACGGAGGUUACACGCUGCUCUUUCCUAUCGGGGACACAUGCGAUCAUUUGUCGCGCGUCGCGUCCACGCGAUAUCUUCGUAAUUACUUCUGUGUUUGUCGUCUCGUUUCGUGGGUGGAUACAUCGAAAACACAUUUCAUGGGACACAGCGUGACAUGCAAGUGUUUGGAGGAAAUGUGAAACAGAUCUUAAUGAACCGGCUGUGUGGAAGUCGUAUGCGGAACGUAUCGGUCUGCCGGGAUCCUUGGAAGACAAUGGAUCUCCGAGGAGAGAUCGCGUUCGCGUUCUUCUGAUACCUCUUAUCCAUGGGCGAACUGUACGACGAACGUCUGUCCGGAACGGCACUAGGAACGAUCGAGCAAACUUUUUAGGAUCAUGGAAUUCUACGACGUGGGAAGCAGCGACCUUAGGGAGUUGUGGGAGUCCUAUCUCUCCGAUCCGGGUCUCAGUCAGGAUGUUUUGACCAUGAAAGAAGAGGAAUGGAGCAACGGGUUGAGCGUGCGAGACAAAUCGUCGAUUGGAGUGGUGCUGAGGGAUCGUUUGAUGACGGACGCCGCUCUUGGAGGUCCGCGACCGAUCAAGUCCGAGCACAAUUACAGUCUUUUGGCGUCGAGUCCGCCGCCCAGUCCGGCGACACCCGGUGCAAACCCCCACACACCAAAUUCCGGAUCUUGUGCCGAUAGAGUCGGCGCUUCCGCCGUUAGUUCCUCCAUUAAUUCCACCAACCUGGACCACCACAAAUCGCUGGACAUUCGAAGUAGAAUAGAUGACAUGGAGGAGGAGUGCUUCCCGGUGAUCUCGAUGAACACCGCGUCGGGACGCGACGAACUGUCCUCGUCGUCGUCCACGUCGUCUACCUCAACAAUAAUCCUAAGGAGAAGCAACAACCUAGUACCUGAAGCUGUGGAGUGCGUCGAGAUCAAAGGAGAACCGCUCAGUGCGCCCAACAGCCCUUCCGAGCCUUGUCAGACGACGAUAGUCGACGACAAGAACACGAUAACUAUGGUGUUCCCUCAAGGACUUCACUUUUCGAAGAACCACCUGUCGCAGACCAGCGACAGUGAGGAGGAUGACGAAGAAUAUUAUCAGAAUAUGGAGGUGGAAGAGUACAACGGGGAGGCGGUGGACGAGAAACAGACGGAUCUACGCGCGUCCAGACAGGGUCUUCCGCCGACGCCGCCGAGUAGCGCGAGUUCUGACAGCGAGGGCACCGCUUCCGCUUCCUGCUCGCCGGAACGCCGAGAUUCCCAGAGCUCCGCGCACGUACAGAAUCUCAGGGGUUUGCUUACGCCCAGGCUUUACGUCACGAACAACACCCACACCACCAGACAGCCGAUACACACGCCCUUGAUCUCCUGUCAACCGAAAGGCUCGACGGGAGUGUUGACGUUGACGGAGGAAGAAAAGAGGACACUGAUUGCGGAGGGAUACCCCGUGCCCACGAAACUUCCAUUGACGAAGCAGGAGGAAAAAUCCUUGAAGAAAGUCCGCAGGAAAAUAAAAAAUAAGAUAUCGGCCCAGGAGUCUCGGCGGAAGAAGAAAGAGUACAUGGACGGGUUAGAGCGACGCGUCACUAUGCUCACCAACGAGAAUUCUUCCUACAGGGACAGGCUAACAGCCCUCGAGGACACGAAUCGCGAGCUGUUGAAAGAACUCCAACGUCUCCAGGCGCUUCUCCAGCUUCAAGGCUCGUAGAGUGAAUUUCCAAAGCCGUGUGCAAAGCGAAACACGCAGCUGCCGUCAUCCAAAGGGUGAUACCUUGAAGACUUUUCACCCUGAAGACAGGUGGUCGAUUGGGUCUCUCGAUUCGAGGCCAGACGUGUUCCUGAUCGUCGAAUUACGAGUGCUUUUUGUCUUGCAGUUUUUCUUGACUCUGAUAAUAAUUUAUAGCCACUCGAAAGAAACGGCGAUAUUUCUUCGCGUCAUUGACUCUUUCACAGCGUAGGAGGAUUAACAGACAUUUUAGAAUAGUGCAAUUUAAAAUUCAUUUUAUUCCUUACCAUGUGAAAGGGUAAUCCGAUGGGGAUUGAAUUAUCAAACGAGACGAAGGAUCGAUGUAGCCUGCCGGCUAUUUUCCAGGGAACAGUGCAAUUCCUUUACAUUCCCGUAAAGUCUUCCUCGUGCAAGCGGAUCGAGUAAGUAUCGUGCGAACGUAAUUUAAAAGAAUAUUCCUUCUUGAUCGCGUCUUCCUAAUUUCCGUUCGACGAAAAUCGGAGAGAGAGGGGUUAAUCCAGCCGGGAGUGCCUUGAUUCGUUAAUUUCGAUGCUUCCUCGACCUUUCCUUUUCCACUCAACGUGUUUCUUUAAUAUAAUCGAAAACGAUAGACGGCUAUUAUGAAUAAUAGUGCCUAAUUUACGUAGGUGAUAAAAUUGAAACGAGAAUGAUCGAUUCUCGGUUGAACAUCGAAGACAUAUUAAUCGCAAAGCCCUGAUUCGUAACGUUGUUUGAUAUUAUUAUACAAUAUAUGUAUUAUAAACGGAACAAAGAUGAAGCAACAUCGAAUUUUAUCUUUCAUUUUUCAAAGAUAGAUUAACGUGAGUUUUGAUAGGAUCAGAAUAGCUGUUUCAAUUGAAAUAUUUUACCAAGUAUGGAAAGUGUCAAUCAUGGUGUUCAAGAAUAGAAAUAGAGAGAAUGUAUUUAAGAGUACAGUCUUAUUUAUCUAUGUCCGAAGGUCAUACUUCGAUUUUCGUCCAAGAGAGUAAGAAAAACGAAUGAUAGCUUAAAUUAGUAAAACGACGUACAAUUCGACGAUUGUCUAUCGCGUUAAUUAUACAAACGAAUGAUUAGCAACGGAUAGCGAGUAGAGAUCCAUAGUUAAUUAAGUGGAGAUGUUUUAUUCAGAAUCCGAUAAUCGUGUGCGAAAAAUAUUCUAUAUAUAUAUAUAUUAUAUACACGUGUUUAGAAAUUUUAAUUCUUAGUUUAAGCGAAAUUAUAGAUUCGUUUCACGAGCACCCACACGUUUUCGGGUUCGCUCGUAGCUUGAGGGAAGAACGUGUGCAAUGUCGACGACUUUGAUAGGUACAAAUAACAUCGGUGAUAAUUAGGAUCGUUAGACUGCGAAUUGUAUGCAAUUUAUAGAAGAAUUUUAUUUUAUCAAGAAAUAUACCAAAUGCAUUGAAUAUACAAAAACAUACAAUAUGUUUAUUAGUGUUUUUGCAAAAGAAAUCCGUAAUCUGUUGUAUUUGUUUUGCACAAAAAUCCGCAGUCUAAUAAUUCUGCAAGUUGAAGUUAAAAGAAUCGACGGAUGUGAUUCAAGAAAUAUUCAUCUCGAACCAUUCACUGCAUUAACGGAAUUAUAUUCACCACGUUAAUUCUCUUUAAACAAAAUCAUUCGCCUUAAUGAAACAAUUCAUGCUACUUUUUAAUGAAAUUUUAUAAUCAUGUAACACGUCGAAUACAGUCUUAGUGAUCGAAGAUACGAGUGAAAGCGUUUCGUUUCCAAAAGAAACGAUAGGAGGAUCGGUUGAAAAAUUUUGGGAAAUGAUGUAGUGGUUUCUGUAUGUUUUACUUGGCUAUUUAAAGCUCAAAGAUCAGAAGACGAAACUUCGCCGUCUGGGAGUUUCUAUUUUUAUACGGACUUCACUGAAUCGCUUUGAACAAUAACAAACAGUAAAAGUUGUGUUUAAAAUAUGGAAAACUUUCACGGAUUAAAUUUAAUUAUAAUUAUACUUUCGUUCAAGUUUUUAUAAUAGAAAGUUUGCGAUGAGGCAUCUCGUCUUCUGUGAACAGGUUGAAACAACAACAAACAGGCUAUAGGGUAAAAGCUGUGUUUGUACCAUGGAAACUUUUACAAUUAUACUUUCGUUCGAGUUUCUAUAAUAGAAAUGGAACAUCCUGUAAGGCAAAAUUUAUAUCUUUCUUUGAAACAGGCAUCGGACGUGGAAUUAAACGUGCUAAGUUAAUAAAUGUUAAAAAAACGGAGAUAGUUUUAGAUAGAUUAAUCACAGGGACCAGUACGAAUUUAACGGCGUGGCUCCCAUUCCUUCACGAUCGCGGAUCUUCUUGCGAAUUUCCAGUACGUAAAGUCAGAAUUUUGAGAAUGACAAAUGUUUACGGAGUUUGAAGUCCAUCCAGAAAUUCGCGCGAAGAGCUCUUCGAUUUUUAAACAACAAUCCUGUUAUGUAGAAAAUGAUUAAUGUCGUGUACAAAAUGCCAAUUAAACGCAGUUUUACCGAGAAUAAAAAAAUAUAUAAAGAAAGAUAAUUUAAUAUAUUCUAUAAACGAAGCUUUAUAUAAAUGGUUAUAUAUACAC